UUUACUUUCAAUGGAGAAAAGCUCAAAAAAUAUCCAGUCACCAAUUCAAGAUAUGCAGUGAACAUGAUGGGUAACUCCGGUCCAUAUUUUGGAGAAGCACUGGUUCUUGUCGAUGAAAAUGAAGCAGUAGUUCAUAGCGAUCCAGGAAAUUACUACAACUUCAAUGCUGCAGACAUGCAUGGCAACGACCUCAAGCUGACUGAGUGUGAAGUCUAUCAAGUUGAGGAAAGCACCAUACUUGAGAAGCCGUGGAGAACUAUAGUCUGGGAAUCUGAGAAGAGGAAGGAGCUGAUGGACAGUAUUAGGAGCUACAAACCAGUGGUCAGCUCUGUGUCCCAGUGUCGGGUCUUGCUCAUAGGAGCAGUUGGAGCUGGAAAGUCCAGUUUCUUCAAUUCUAUUAAUUCUGUAUUCAGAGGCCACGUGACCAGUCAGGCCAUCGCUGGCUCCUCUACCACCAGCCUCACCACACAGUUUCGUACCUACACUUUGAAAGCGGGAAGAGAAGGAAAACCUCUGCCAAUCAUCUUGUGUGACACCAUGGGAUUGGAGGAAGGCACAAGGGCGGGGCUUGAUAUAGAUGAUAUCAGCAGUAUCCUCAUAGGUCAUCUGUCUGACCGUUAUCAGUUCAACCCCUCUGCUCCUCUGCAAUCGGAGGCCAGCAGCUAUCGAAGGUCUCCAGGCCUCAAGGACAAGAUCCACUGUAUGGCUUACAUCAUGGAUGCCUGCAAGAUUUCCAUCAUACCUACAAAGCUGCAGGAAAAGCUGGACGCUAUCCGCAGAAAGGUCAACUUAAUGGACAUUGAAGUGAGAAAACAUCAAAAGUUCUUUCAGCAUCCUUUAGAAACUUCUGCAGACCAACCAUCCACUAUGAACUUCAUGCUAACCAGAAACCAGCAGAAAACAAUCUGCUCACAGCUGGGAAAUUUGAAGCUACAGCUGUUGUACAAGGCCAGCGUCCAUGGUUUCACCGGGCCAGCCUUCCACCAACGAUGUGACAACCACUGUCCCACAGUGUCUGUGGGCUAUAAUACCUCUGGUUAUGUGUUUGGAGGCUACACCAAUCAACCUUUCUGUCAGUCUGGACAGUUUGUGUAUGAUGACCAGGCCUUUCUCUUCACCUUCAAUGGAGAAAAGCUCAAUAAAUAUCCAGUCACUGGUCCUGGAAAUGCAGUAAGAAUGAUGGGUAACUCCGGUCCAAAUUUUGGAGAAGCACUGGUUCUUGUCAAUGGAAAUCAAGCAGUAGUUCAUAGCAAUCCAGGAAAUUACUACAACUUCAAUGCUGCAGACAUGCAUGGCAACGACCUCCAGCUGACUGAGUGUGAAGUCUAUCAAGUUCAAGUUGAGGAAAGCACUGAACUUGAGAAGCCUUGGAGGACAAUAGUCUGGGAAUCUGAGAAGAGGAAGGAGCUGAUGGACAGAAUUAGGAGCUACAAACCCAUGGUCAGCUCUGUGCCCCAGUGUCGGGUCUUGCUCAUAGGAGCAGUUGGAGCUGGAAAGUCCAGUUUCUUCAAUUCUAUUAACUCUGUAUUCAGAGGCCACGUCACCAGUCAGGCCACCUCUGGCUCCUCUACCACCAGCCUCACCACACAGUUUCGUACCUACACUUUGAAAGCGGGAAGAGAAGGAAAACCUCUGCCAAUCAUCUUGUGUGACACCAUGGGAUUGGAGGAAAGCACAAGGGCGGGGCUUGAUAUAGAUGAUAUCAGCAGUAUCCUCAGAGGUCACCUGCCUGACCGUUAUCAGUUCAACCCCUCUGCUCCUCUGCAAUCGGAGGCCAGCAGCUAUCGAAAGUCUCCAGGCCUCAAGGACAAGAUCCACUGUGUGGCUUACAUCAUGGAUGCCUGCAAGAUUUCCAUCAUGCCCAAAAAGCUGCAGGAAAAACUGGACGCUAUCCGCAGAAAGGUCAACUUAAUGGGGAUUCCUCAGCUGGUCCUGCUCACUAAAGUAGAUGAAGCCUGCCCUUUGGUGAUGGAGGAUGUGAGAAACGUUUAUAAGAGUGGCUACAUUAAGGAAAUGAUGCAGGAAGCGAGUGCUCGGCUCGGUGUGCCUUUGUCCUGUAUUGUUCCCCUGAAGAACUACACUGAAGAGUUGGAGUUGGACACAAACACUGACAUCCUGCUGCUCAGCGCCGUCAUCCAGAUGCUUCGCUUCGCUGAUGAUUACUUUGAUAACAUCAGUCGCAAAUUCAGCAACAUUGAAAUCAAAGAAUAAGUAUGUGUGCAGCAGACACAAUAACCUGAGCAACUGUAAUGAAAUGUCCCUCAAAAUGAUCCAUGCGUGUGAUUCUGUCUAGUGCUAGUUCACUGUUAACCGUUCUUAUAAUACAUCCAUGGUGUUAACAGGGUGAGCAGUGAAUCCCAGAAUUCUUCAGGAACUUGGUGCGCCUCCUCCUGGAGAUUUCCCAAGUGUCCCUUGGAAUGCUGGGAGAUGUAGUUCUUUAAGCGUCCUGCGACUGCACUGCACCUCCAGUUUCUGGCUGAUAUGAUCCUCAUUUUGAUUGUGUCACUCAGCUGCAAAAUAUUAAAUUUUCUUUUUGAUUGUGUAGCAAACAUUUUAUAUUAAUAGAAAAUUAUUACAUGAUAAAGUUUUUACAUGACAUCAGUCUGAAAUGUGAUUGUGAUUUAUUUCGUAUCAUUUAUACUUUUAAAAAUGAAAAACACUUUUAUUAGUUUGUUGGCUUUUAGUGGGACAUUUCAUUACAAGUUAAGUUUGACCAGCCAACACAUCAGACAUUUAUGAUGAUAUAAGUAUGCAAAUGUAUUCUUUACUGCAUUAUAUUAAACUAUACGUCUUCAUCUUUUUGUUCUUUGUUUCAUGUGAUUGAGACUGCAGUCACAGUUAAGUUUAUUAGUGCUCAUCUGCAUUUGCCCUCUUCUUCUCAUGUACUCUUUCAUAUAGUUUUGUUGUUACAUUAGAUGUUGUCAAAUUAUAUGUAUAAAUUGUACUGCCACAUAUCUUUCAUUGGACAAGUUUUUUUUUUUAAAUUUACAGUUUGCUUUUUGUGUUUCCCUUACAUAUUAUACAAACUACAUGUGAUGUUAUGUAUAAACUAAAUGUCACUCAGGACUACUGUGGAAUAAUGAAUAUAAAGAAUUACACAAACAUUCCAUGUUUCACAACAGCUACAAAAUGUUGUGCAUCCUGAAUAAAGUCUUGUGAGAACCAUCACUGUACCAACAGCUUCAAGACUAAGAAAACACAGUAUUUAGUCUGUACAUACUCCACUGCCACCAAACCAUUCAUGACAGUUUGGUUUUUAAGUGAUUCGGGCUCUGUUCUUUUUCAUGAGGUUUUGUUGUAAUAAUUCAUUUUCAG